AUGUUGCAUCACCUAGCUCUCACUUGUGUGUCCUGUAUGUUCUCUUGCCUGAUGUUUUUAUCUCAGGUGCAAGGUGAAGACUCCCAGAAGGAAAUGCCCUCUCCACGUAUUAGCUGCCCAGUGGGCUCCAAGUACUAUCACUCCCACUGCUAUGCCCUGGUUACAAUACCCAAAUCUUGGUAUCAGCAGAGGUGACUGACCUGUCAGAAGAGACCCUCUGGACAUCUUGUGUCCAUUCUUAGUGGAGCUGAGGCUUCCUUUGUGUCUUCCCUGGUGAAUGGCAGAGUGAAUAACUGCCAAGAAAUCUGGAUUGGGCUCCAUGAUCCCACAGUGGGUCAAGAACGAAGUGGAGGUGGAUGGGAUUGGAGUAACUCUGAUGUGCUGAGAUACUUUAACUGGGAUGAAAAUCCUUCCUCUACUGUAAACCAUGGUCACUGCGGGAGUCUGACAGCAAUCUCAGGGUUUCUGAAGUGGGGAGACCAUCACUGUGAUGGAGAAUUACCUUUUGUUUGCAUGUUCAAGCCAGAGAGUGGGUGGGAAAGGAAGAUGCAUGUUCAGUGGUUCCUCAAACUUUAA